AUGUCCGGAGAACGCUAUGGAAACGUUGUCCUCGGCCAACACCCGACUUGGCUGCCCCGUUUCGGUUCAUUCACCUUGCCCAAGCCCGAUAGAGUCGAAGACGGCGUCGCGCAUAUCGACGAUGUCAAGACUCUGCAGGAGCAUUUGCAGCUGGCGAUAAUGGUCGAGCUCAGCACAAUCCCCACAUAUCUGUACGGCAUGUACUCCGUCGAUCAAGCCAACGAUAAAACAAAUGCCCGCACCGCGUUAUUCUCCGUCGUCAUUCAGGAGAUGCUGCAUUUAGUGCUCGCUGGUAAUGCGCUGAAGGCCAUUGGUGGAAGUCCCACCCUGUACCCUAAGAAAGGACACUUGGAGUAUUUCCCCAAAUACCCCAUGCACAUGGCAGGGCACGCAGACCCGCCCGUUGUUCUCGCCCUUCGCAGGCCCGACCUUUACCAGGUCCUCUCAUAUCUCCACGUCGAGCUCCCGGAGGUCAGUGGUUCUGCACCGGAAUCAGAGCAAUAUCACAGUCUCGGUCAAUUCUAUGAUGCAAUCAAGAUCGCGAUGAAUAAUCUCUUGCCGAAGAUUCCUGAUCUUAUUGACCCCACAUCCGCCGAUUUUCAAUUCUCGUCGGACGAUAAAAUCUACCGUACACGUCCAUCUGGGGGCAUUAUACAGGUAGUAGAUAUCAAGACUGCCGCCGCAGCGUUCGAUACUAUCAUUGAGCAAGGAGAAGGCGCGGGGGGCUCGUCCCAUGAUGAAGAUCCCAGUGAACUAGCCCAUUUCUUCCAGUUCGCGAAGCUCUUACAAGCCCCACCACCCGCUGUCAUCAAGACCAUCGAUAACCCAAAGACGCCAGAUUACAAGGACCCGAAGAUAGCCGCCGUGGCCGGGCUAUCGGAUGCUACGUACUGCUUGCUCUUAUUGACGAUUGAAAAUUGCUGGAAACAUUCCCGCAAAGACGAUCGCCGUGACGAGUUCGUCGGGAGUAUCUUCCCUAUCAUGACAGGCGCACUGAAGCCCCUCUGCGAAUGGCUGGUGACUCAACCACUGGGCGAUGGGACGUUUGCGGGGCCGGGAUUCAACUACUUUGAUUACGCGGAAGGAGAUCCUCUUGUGGAGAUCCAGGCUUUGGCGGACGCUGUGGUGGCUAAGUUUGGGAGCGACGUCCCGAAAAGCAUUACUGAUGCAGUAACCUCGCUGAAGUCGCUUAAGAUCAACCUUCAUCCUGUGAAGAAGGCCGCCCCAUAG